AUGGAUUGUUAAAGAACAUAUUUAAAUGUGAAUUAAAGAAAGAAAAACAAUAAUUAUCCACUUUAUAGAUUAGAUGCUAUUUUUGAACGAUGUGAAGAUGGCUCCAGCAUAGGUUCUAAUCUACAAAAAAGAAUAGGAAUAGACAUAUUUGAAGAUGCUAAUUAAUUAAAGAAAGUAUAAACAAAAUUGGACAUUACAAAUUUGAAGCAAAAUUUUUUUAACAACUCCCAAAACAUAAGCAAUUAAUUUUUUGAAUAAAAAAAAAAUUUGUAACAGAACCUAGAAAUAGAAUGGACCAAUUCUAAUAAAGUUCUAUAGACUAAUUUUAUUAAUACAGAAGAUAUCAAUAUUUUGGAAGUUGAUGAAAUAAAUUAUUUAGAAUUAAAUGCUUCACCAAAAAUAAAGAGAUUUAAAACAAAAUAUUCUUAAAAGAUCAGCAAAGCUAUAAAGAAAUUCAUAAACUGA